AACGCUCCUGCUAUAAUGUAUAUAAAGGUUGGGAUCCCGACGAAUAUUCGAGGUAGAUCGUCAUCAGACAUGUUCGGGAAGAUCAUCCUAACGCUCUCGGCCCUGGCCUGGGCCAGCGCUCAGAUUCCUAAUAUAGGAUUCUGUCCGGAAUACAUACCUAUGGCGAACUUUGACAUGCAGAGGUUCAUUGGUGUUUGGUAUGAGGCCGAGAGAUAUUUCCAAUUGACCGAAGUGGUAUCAAGAUGCGUCAUGACUAACUAUACCAAAGGCACCGAUGGCAGAUAUCACGUGAGCAAUCAAGUUACCAAUCGAUUUACUGGUGUAAAGAGGAUACUGGACGGCGAAAUUAAGCCCGCAGCUUCCAAGGCUGAGGAGGGUAAAUUCCACGUUAAAUAUACCACAAUUCCACUGACACCUGAAACCAAGUACUCGGUACUCGAAACGGAUUACGACAAUUAUGCAGUUAUGUGGAGCUGUCAAGGAAUUGGUCCUGUUCAUGCACAAAAUGCCUGGGUAAUGACAAGGGAACGAAUACCGUCUGGAGAAGUACUUCAAAAAGCUUACGGCGUUCUUGACAAGUACAAGAUAUCGAAGACAUUCUUCGUGAAAACCGAUCAGGCGGAUUGCGCCUAUCUGGAUUCUCGCCUGACAGAGAAACCUACCACGGAGAAACCGGCGAGAUCGGCGAGUGCUCAAAAUACCGUCGAGUCGAGCGUUAAAUCGGCCCCGAACGACAAAACUCCCAACAUCGAAGCGAGGGAAGAAGCGGAAGUUUUGGCCGAGAAAUCGUCCCUCGACAUCCCGCUGAUCAUAGUGGAGGAAUCCGCAAAGCUCGAGCAGCCCGUGGAAACCAUUCCCGAACGAAUCCUGAAGAUAGCCGAGACGAUAAAAGAGGAGGGCGACGUUCAGGAUAAAACCAUCAUUGUCGAAGUUAAGGAGAAGAUCGCCCCGGAAAACGUGAAGGAGGAGAAGAGCGAGUAUCCGAAUAAGAAAAUGUUACGGAUAUUUGUUAUCGUUAUCAUCGCAAAUGCAGCGAUGGCCCAGGUGCCAUUUUUGGGAACGUGUCUAAAUUUGGAGACAAAGCAACAGUUCGAACUUGAUAAAUAUUUGGGCAAAUGGUACGAAGUCGAGAGAUACUUUGCAUGGUUCGAGUUUGGUGGAAAGUGUGUGACAGCUAAUUACAGUCUGAACAUGAAUAACACGGUGAAGAUAACGAAUAGGCAAAUUUCGUCAUUAACUGGAGUUGCAACGGGUAUCGAGGGCAUUGGAAGGUUAAUUGGCAAACCCGAUGAUCCUAAAUUGGCCGUCACUUUUCCAUCCUUGCCAAUAUCGUUCGACGCGCCUUAUUGGAUUCUAGAUACAGAUUACAAUACAUACAGCGUAGUAUGGAGCUGCACGAAUCUCGGAGUGUUCAACGUACGAAACGUUUGGAUUUUAACGCGAGAGCCGAAACCGCCAAUCGCAGUUUUAGAGAAAGCUUACCAAAUUAUCGAUAAGAACAACAUUAGCAGAGCAUACUUUAUUCGUACGGAUCAGAAAAACUGUCCGGCUUCGUAUUAAAGAUGAUUCAUUGUGACAAUACACAUUUUGAAUUACG